UUUCCUCUUCCUCAACAAACAAAGCAUUCAGCUCACUUUCUCUCUAGUCUCUCACAGACACAUUCUCACUCUAAAUCACCGCCGCAAAUUUUCCAGGCUAACAACCAUGUCAUCGAGGGUACUUGCUAGGUUCGUGUCACGUAGGUUUUCAAGUAGUGGCAAAGUCUUGAGCGAGGAAGAAAAAGCUGCUGAAAAUAUUUACAUUAAGAAAAUUGAGAAGGAGAAGUUGGAGAAGCUUGCACGUAAGGGUCCUAAUCCAGAAGAAAAACCCCCAACAGCUACAGCGGACUCUGGAUCAGUAACUGAUGCUAAAGCUGCUAGCCAGUCCUCAAACUCUGGUGUCUCAACUGAUAUACACCGAAACUAUGGGGUUCUAGCUGGAACUGUUACACUUUUGGGUGCCUUGGGGUGGUAUCUCAAAUCAAACAAGAAACAAGAAGAGGUCCAAGACUAGGUGAGCUGCUCAUGCUCGUUAAGACAGUUGCCAUAUGAGUAGGUACCUGUGAGUUUCAAACUCUGGUUGAUGAUGAAAAAUAAGAUAAAAUCCGUUAUCUGAACUACCAACAUUAUUUCCAUUCUGCAAGUGAAAGCAAAAAUUUGUAGACUAUCUUCUUUUUUCCCGGAUGUAGAGAAGUUUCAACCAUUUUAAAGCAUGCCUAGUGUUGGUUUCUA